GAACAAACAAGCCGUCCCUUCGUCACUCGCUCCCCUCCCAGCAAUACUUAAUAAACUGCUCUGCGUUUCACCCAAGGUUACUCAUUGCACAACUAUUAAAGGGUGAUGGAGAAGGGAACCUCUCAUACUUUUCCUAAUGCUCCCUACCCAGCUUAUCAAGGGAAUGCUUACCCCAGUGGUCAGCAAAUGCCCUACCCUACAAACCCAGGGGUAAAUCCAGUGACGUACCCUCCCCCUCCACCCUAUGGAAACAGUGCAGGAGCACAGCUGCCAACAGUGAUGGCUGCGGUGAUUACUCAGCCCCUCAAUGACGUCCCGGGACAGGCACUGUGCCUCCACUGCCAGCAGCAGGUCCUCACCACAACUGAGCACAAGGCUGGCUUACUAACCUGGGUUGUCUGUGGCACCAUUUGUUUCUUUAUGGGUUGUCUGGGCUGCUGUCUCAUUCCCUUCUGUGUGGAUAGCUGCAAGGAUGUGGAGCACAGGUGUCCAGCCUGCCAGCAGGUUCUCUGCGUAUACAAACGGCUUUGAAAGCCCUUAUUUGCCAAGGACAUAAGAUUAGGCUCCACAGACAAAGUUUAUUUGCAUAAUGGCUCACAAUUCGUUAGUUAUCAAUGGACAGUGUACUGCUACCUUCAGGGGAAGUAGAGUAAGGAGUGAGGGCAGGAUUGGGGAACGACACACCAAUGAUAGUGUUGCUCAAAAUGUCCCUUCUGGUUCUUUACUAAUACUUUUUAAAAAGAUUGCAUACAUAUAUUGUUGCUGUUUUUUCUUUAUAUUAUUGUUUUGGUUCAUUUUUAAAGAGAUUUUAGUUUAGUUGGUGCUAAGAAGUGAUAGAAAGUGAGAUUGGAUGUCCUGUAAAUUACAGAGUGCCAGAUUGUUUGCAGACUAUUGUAAACAAUCUGUAACAAUAUUUGGGUACUGUGGCUUAACCUAUAUAAUGAAAUGUCUUUUUUAAAGCCAAUAUUUCUAUUCAGGUUUUAAUUGUGAAAUAAAGGGCGAUGAUUUUUUUUCAA